AUGAGUAAAUUUCCAUCAUCCGAUAGAAGCCCUAUUAAGGGAAAGAACUCUGGGCCUCCUGAUGUUUAUCCACAAAAACCAAAUCAACUAGAAGAUGCCUUAACGGAACAUCUGGUUAAAGAUGGCUACAAGUAUCAUCGACCCGUCAGUGAUGAGUAUAAAUUGGGGAGAUCUUUUGUUGAGCCUUCGGACCUGGAAACAGCGUGGGAUUUGUUUUGCAAUACGCUUGUCGUUAAGGACCGAUUGGCUCCUGCUUACGAACCGGACCAUUUUCAUGUUCCCGUUAGAAUCCCCCCAGUAAAUGAUUCCAUCUGGAAGCAGAUAUCGGUAUGGCUUAGUGAUCUUUCCGGUUCCAAUUGCAAUCGUAGAAGCACAAUAUUUCUUACUAACAAAGAUCGAAUUUUGAGUGAUUUGGUUACCAAUCGUUUCCCUCUCUCGCAUGCAUUGAGAUUAAUUAACAGACUUAUAGUUUACUCUACAGCACCCUUGGAGAAUCUAAAGAAAAAGCAAAAACUCGACCCUACUAUUGAAUGGACUGAAGAAAUUCUUCGUAUGCUUGAUAAGCUUUUUGAUGGUGAUCUCUCAAACUCUUUUAUGAAUAAAUAUGAAAGCAUGUGCAAGAAUUGGGAUUAUUUGUUUGGUCUCCUAACCGCCCUCUAUGACAAUGAUCUUAUUGAACAUUGGGACGUUCUUAAAUCACUCGCUUCCAAACUUGAGCAUAUGUAUCAGCAUGCCUUACGGUACAUUCCUCAAGACGCUUCGCUUUGCUCAACUGACCGUCCUCAACCAGGAAGAUUCGACCCCUUUCGUAGCCUAAAGUUUGUUCUUCCUUACUUCCAACGCUUUUGCCAGCGGUUUACUGAAAGUGAGCUGAUAACGCGCCGUGUAAUAUACUGGGCUUGCUCUGUUUUCUCCGAACAGUCUCGAUCUUGCACUCUAAAGUCAAAUGCAUCGUCAACUUCAAUAUUCUGCAAACCUGAGGAUUAUGCGCAUUUCUUUCUCUGUUCACAUCAUCGUCCUAUCCUACUCGCAACUUCGAGUUUAAUAAUUGCUCUUACCCUUGAAUGUCCCUCGGCAGCUGUGUGGAAUAAAAUUACUCCAGAGACUGGUUUCAGAUAUCUUGUUGGUUCACCCCUUGACCUCCUCCCGUGUUCCCUGGCUUGUCUUCCAAUCACUCCCGGUCCUGAAGCUGCUAAUCUACGAAGCUGCCUCUUGGAAACCGAGACAGCUUUGUUGGAACGCAGUAGACUUGCUGAAGCUGGUUGGUGUCUUUUCCCGUCUCGGGCAAUUGCUUCUAGUGAAUGUACAGACGAAACAAAUGCGGAAAUGUUUGUUCGGGUCUUAAACGAGCUUGACUUGCAAGACUUCAACGUUUGCCCAGAGGUCGAUAUGAUCACUAGUCUCUUUCGAAGGUUCUUUCCUCAGGAGCUCCUUGAUUCCCCACACUCAUUAACCACGCUUGUCACUUUCCUCUGCAAAUGGGCGGUCUCUCCCACCCGAACAGGUCUUCAUCGUUCCAUUAUUGUAGCCUGUCUCCUGGACCAUCUUCACUCAAAAGUCCCUCAUUUCACUUUCCAAACUUGUCUUCUCACAUUCCUCGAUAUUCAUGCGCCUCCUAGCCCCAAUGCUGAUCUAUCGGGAUUUCGUUCUCUUGUCUGCCUCUUUGCUGAACUCAUUGAUAGAGGUCUUUUUAAUCAUGAUGUCUUUGUACGGACUUGUAUCGCUCGAGGUGUAUUCGACAGUUCAUUUCACCCUCUUGCUAAUGUAAACAAUCCUUCUUUGACAGCUUCAUCUGUUAACGCUCUCUUCUCCGCACCUUCUUUAAAUAAUAACUUCUCAGUCCAAUCAGAGAUCUCUGAAGACAAUGAUCGCUUUAGUGUUGACAAUCCUGACUCUGUUCUUUCUGAUCUCGGUGGCAAUCCUACUUCAGCGGUACUUCCUCAGCGUAAUUCCUGUGAUCUCAAUCGCCAUCUUCAAUACCUCAUUAACUUUCCCCUACCUCAGGAUGAUUCCUACGCUCAUGAGCAGAAUCAGCGUGCUCAACUCCUUUAUGGAAGUAGUGCUCGUGCUCACUCAAGGGCUCGUGAACUUCCUCGUAAAAUUUCUCGGGAUAUUGUCAAACUUUUCACUAAAAGCGCCCACCGUCUUGAUGUGGUUCAUGGGGAGUUGGGAAAACGUAAAAAAAAGGAUCGAGAUCCGGGUUCGACUCCAAACGGUGGAACAGUUGGUGGAGGAGGUCAGCGUGGAGGUGCUUCGAAGGAAUCUCGCUCAUUAGACGAACUUCUUGAUGGGAUUUCAUCACGAUUUCGGUCGCUCAAUUACUACGAUAUGGAGUGUGUUAUAUCCAAGAGCAUUCCUGCUUACCUUCGCUCUUUGAAUGGGAGUUCCACUACGAGUUAUAUUGAUACAGAGUCGUCUCCUUCUACUCGGGAGCAUAUCUACUUCCCCGCCCUCAAGAGUGUCUUCUUAUUUUUUGAGUUGGUGGAGAAUUCUCUCAACAUCAUUUGCCUCCUUGAAACAGCGGUGGAUACCAUUGACUCCCUCCUUGUUUCCUCUCAAUCCAUUUCCUAUCCGUGUAUGGCUUCCUACCUUUCUCAGGUCUGGAUUCGUGUUAUUGGAAUUCUCCGAGCGCAUCAGGCUGUUUUGAUGACGAUGCCUAACCUACAACAACGGAUUUUCAAUUGCCUUAUUGAACAGUUGCGCAACAAGACACCCGAGAAGGCACAAAUUAAACGGUGUAUAAUUGAGUACCUGAGGAACCUUUGUCACUCAUCAGCCUAUAUAAGUCGGUUGGCUUGGCCUACCCUCGAGAACCAACUUCAGCUCUCUUUGUCUUCAGGUCGCCUCCCCUCUGAUAAAUGCAAACAAUUGGUUUGCAACGCUCUGAGGAAUCUCAUGAUUUGCGAUCAAGAUGGUAGUGCUAGCUUUGUUGAAUCUGUUUUGGAUUACUCUGCUCAAUGUCCAGAACUGGCUAUGGAGUGGCUUCCUGCAAUUGCAGCGGUUGUUAAUCCUACGGCUCAUGGUGGGGGACUCAGUUUGAGUGGUAUCUCUCUCACGUCUCCAAGUCUCUCUCAGAAUUCGAAUUCCGAUUUUCUCAGUAUUGGUCUGAUAGAUGAUUUAACAACUUGGGAUAACCUCACUCUCCUCGUCGGCAACUUGUUUGCAAGUCACUGUAUCGACUCAGAUAAGCUUCUUGAUACUCUCAUCAAUCCAUGUUUGGCUCUUGGCCUAGACCAGAGUGCUUCUCCAAUUGAUUCACUUUCAGAGACUACUGUUAGAGUAGCUUGUCAUAUGUUACAUCGAUUCUUCACUCUAGAUACCAUGAAACUCACUACCUUUGAAGCCUGUUCGCCGUCACUGAGGAUUCCUGAAUCUGCGAUACUUUACAGUGUCAUUCGACGAAUUAAUUAUGCCCCCUUCAUCGACACCUUAAAGAUGCUGAUGAUUCUCACCAACAAAGGCAAAUCUAUGGAAUUAAUCGAGGAUGCAGGUGAAGAUGGUAGUGUUGCGGGUUCUGACGACAACUCAUCCGAUAAUGACCGGGAUUCUGAACGAGAAACCGAUGAUGGCCAUGGGGACAGCUCAAUUGAUAUGACCGAUGGAUAUGAUUUAACUGAUGGUCCCACUAAGAAUAAACGCAAGAGACGGAGGGUUUACCUUGGUCCUGCAAAAAACAAACGUCGUAAGGGGCCAAACUCAUCCCAACGAGUUGGUUCAAGUGUAAGCUUGCUUAAUUCUCGAAGGAGGAGUCGUCUAGCAAGUAAUCUCCAUCCUUGUACCUAUGCCUUUCUUACCACCGGUCAACUACCUAGUGAUGCUGAAGUGAAAGAAAUGCCCUUGCGAGACUUCGCUCAUCUUGUUCUCCGGGAAAUUUGUGUCACUCCAUGGGUAAGGGAGCACUUUUAUCGAAUAUCGGCUCAUUUAUUGCAAGAAAAUGUCCUAAUCGACAAGAUGAUAUCAAGUAAUCAGACCCGUUUCCUUCUCCAUAUCAUCUACCAUCCACACGAUGUGAAGUGGUUUGAUUUAGCUGCUUGUGCAGAUAAUAUCGCUGACGCUAUUCUUCAGCUAAUCUCUGGAGUUAACAUUUGGUCGCUUCAUUCCACUCGCAUGGAGUUGAAUUUGUUAUGCAAGCAGAUUUCUUUUACCUCUUCUAAGGAAGCGCUUGACCAAGUUGCCAAUCGUAUUGUUAAUGGUUUUAAUGAACACGCCCUAACGUAUCUCAAAUCAGCGUCUUCUGCUUCUAGUUUUGGUGAACAGUUACCUGAAGCGUUACCUGAUAUCGAAGUGCCUGAAAGUGAUAACACUUGGCUUCUGCCUUCCCUAGUUGCUAAUUUGCCAAAUGAGUUGAAAACGCACAUUGUGACCAAAACUUGUGAUAUUUUGAAGGGAAUAAAGUUUUUCUGGCGGCAUAAGAACGCCGAAGAUCAGGAACGGACAGUAAUGCUGCACUCAAUUCUUCUUGCACAUCCGGUCUUCUCAUCUAUUCUGCAUGUUUGUAUGGAGACUGUAGACCCUUUAGAUAGGCUCUAUGAGCAAUUGGAGUAUUUUGUUUUUGGUGUAAAGGAGACGCGAGAUAGAAUGCCGGAGAAUUUGCGAACGAGGCACAUUCUGCAGGAAUGUCUAGCUCUACGACUUUCCUUGCUUGGUAUUUGCCUUUCCUCAGCGAAUCUCAGUACAGAUAGACUAAUCGGCGGUGCUCUUAUUCUAGCUCAACUUAUUGGAUAUGGUAUCACGGAGCCACAUUCUAAUCAAACACUCUUCUACGCCUGUCUCGAUAUGCUCCAUACUCUAUUACACAAUUUUGCAGCUCAGGUCGGUCCAGAUAACCAACAGUACCAAAAUCUAGCCAAAAAAGUUCGCAAAAAGCUUGCUGAGCGCCAUUUCACAGAGGGUAUUGAAUACAUCCGUCCAUUGCUUUUUAUUGGUCGAACUGGGUACCCCUUCGUUGCGGUGACUCCCCUUGCGGGUACUGCAGGUGCUGGAAAUCGAGGAGAUAGUGUUGGAGUCACAAGUAAGCCAGGAAGUUCAUCGAAACUCGCCUCGUUUAAGUCUAGUGGGAAGUCUGGUGGCAUGAACUCGUCUCGUGUAACUAACAGCCAGGGAGGUAAUGGGCCGAUAUCUUCUUCAGGACCUGGAGGUAAUAAUAAUGGGACUCCCAUGUCAGGUGGUGGAGGAGUCAAGGCCUUCACCCGAAAGCGUGGAUAUGCUUUCAAGAGUCGAGAUCGCUUUGCUCCCUGGGAGAUUUAUGAUGUUAAUCGCCGACCGGCUUUCUUAGCCAUGUGUGGUGCAGUUCAGGUGCCCUCAGCUCCGUCGAGAUACGAAGAUCAAGCAAAUAUCCUCCUUAGCCAUGAACACCCGAUUAAUCAUCGGCGAUCGGAUGAUUUUUAUCACACAUCUCUUUUUCCAGAGGUGGAGGUGCCUGUGUCUUUAGCAAAUCAAACUGUAGCGACACCGUCUCCUUCCAAUUCAUCUUCCUCAAUCGAUUCCGCGUCAAAGCAGUUCAGCCUUGGACCAGUUCCUCCUGGUAAACGUCACGCUGGUGGUGGGCCAGAUGCCGGUGGACCAACUUUGUUGGCGGCUCCGAGAAGAAUGCAAACCCAACAGAAUCAACAGCACCCACCACCAGCAGGCGGCCGUAUAUCAAAACCGGAGGAUAUGCUUUACGCUUGUCAACAACAGCAGCAGCAAAUGCGAAUGCAGGCACCAAGUCAACAGCCUCCAACUAAGAGGAAAAGAAAUCGUGCCCAGUUGCAACAGGAUGAGAUGCAACUUUUCGCACAAAUGUAUCCCCCACAGACACAGUCGUCUUCUGCAAUGGCAGCAGCUCAAGCUCCAAAUUCUGCGGCAGCUGUGAGCGUUACUACACCGCAAGGUAAACGUAAGCGUAUUGCUGGAGGUGGUGUGGUGGGGGUGAAUUCGGGUCAAGUGGCAAGUACCAUGCGAAGGGGUUAUGAAAAUGGCCCUCUGCCUGCUACUCCUUCCUCUCAACAAACGUGGAGUGGUGGUAGAGUUCCUCCUGUUUCUUCUGGUGGUGGUAGCGGUGGUAGAAUGUUGCCAAAUCAGAGGCAGAACUUGUCUGAAUUUGUACAGAACAGAACCAAAGCACAACAGCAAGUAGCUCAAGCAAAGGCCGCUCAAAUGGCUGCGGCUUAUGCCGGAGGAGGUGGCAGCGGUGGUGGUGGAGGAGGAGGUAUUUCAAACAUAGAGGAACACUACUCUCAACCUCAGGCGUCACAAUCAUCCCAACAGACCGAUUCCAGAUACCGAAGUAGUGGCGCUGAUCCCAACUACGGUUUCCCCGAAAUGCUUCCUCCACAUGGGGGCAAUACCGGUCCCUUUGUUCCCACCUCCCUCCCUGAUUUCCCCUCAACAGUGGACCCCCAAAUACGGCUCCAGCGUCAACAGCAGCAAAGGUACAACCAAUCACAGGUUGUUCCUGACCCUCCUCCCUAUCCUGGUCGAGCCAAUCAGCAGCCACAGCCCAAUCCCCAAACCAAAGCUACUGCCGGUCCACCCCCGCAGAUGAUGCAAAUGCAAGGUCAGUCUGCAGGUCAACACCGAACUCCAACAUAUUCCCAGUUCAUGCCAAGCAAUGAAGCGGCCCCUAGAGGGGUGGUCUCUGGCCCCCCACCCCCUCCUAAUUUCUCGCGUCCUCUCUAUGACAACUCAGGAAGUGGUGAGUACCAUUGA